AUGGAAAACAAAGAAUUAUUAUUACAUUUAACUAAAAAAUUAGAAAGCGGGGAAUUAAAAAUAUUGGUUGGAGAAAGACAAGACCACAUCAAUAUCCAUUUAAACGAUAAUGAGAGAGGGAAUGACGUUAAAUUUGUAAUUCAAAAAUUAGGAGACAAUCAGUUAAGAACUGUUAAUAUUAGUCAAUACUAUAAAACCAAGGCAGGACGUUCGACUGUUGACGAUAAAGCAAUUAGGGAAUUGGUAAAGCAACUGAAUGCCAUUGAUGUAGCCGAACUAGAAAGAAUGCAACAUCCAGGUUAUCGUCGGACAAAUCAAGGUUUAACCCCCAAUGCCACUCCCUUAGAAAAAAGUAAAUAUGAAAUCUGUAAAAAUAUUUUGCGUUAUAAACGCGAAAAUAAAUUAUCCGAGAAAGAAUUAGGGGAAAAGUUAGGAAUUAAACAAGUUGACAAAUUAGAGUAUCUUUUAUUUCGUCAUAUUGAUUACUUUACCUUGGAUGAAUUGGUUGAAUAUGCCAGUGAGUUAUUUACUCCUUUUCACUUAGCCAUUCAUGAAGAACCUCUUACCCUUGUCCGCAAAUCUAAUAGUCGUUCCCGAAAACACCUUUAA